AUGAACGUCGUGCGGGAGAUCAACAAGAUCAACGAGCGCGAACUCGAACUCGCCCUCCAAGGCGCUUCAUGGCACGACGAGUACAAAGACUCUGCGUACAUCUUCAUCGGCGGCUUGAACUAUGGGCUCACGGAGGGCGACGUGAUCACUAUUUUCUCACAAUACGGCGAAGUCAUGGACGUCAACCUGCCCCGCGACAAAGAAACCGGCAAGCCCCGCGGCUUUGCCUUUCUAAUGUAUGAAGACCAGCGUUCAACCGUGUUAGCCGUUGAUAAUCUCAACGGUGCCAAAGUGCUUGAGCGGACUCUACGCGUCGACCACGUCAAGGAUUACAAGCAAAAGGGUCACAAAGGCGCAGACGGAGAGUGGGUCGAGGCAGAGGAGCAGAGCCUCAACGCGAGGCCCGAGAUCAUUGACGACGAUGCUGGCUCCGACUCUGACGCGUCUUCGGUGCCCAACAUCGACCCUGAAGACCCCAUGUACGACUACCUCCUACAACAAUGGCGUGAACAGCAUCAAAAGAAGAUAUCCAAGAAGAAGAAAGCAAAGGGCAAGCACAAGGACGAGACGCCAGAGGAGAGAGCUGCACGAAAGGCUAAGAAGAGGGAGAAGAAAGAAAAAGGGAAGAAGAGUACAGGGAGGACGGACACUCUGAAGGGCGUGGAGGCCUUGCUGCAGUCCCUAGUCCUCGACGCCGAAGGGACGACCGUGCUCGGAGUCGAAGUCCUGUACGAGACAGAGGUGAUCGAGAUCGAUCACGGUCUCCUCCGCCUAGGCGCUCUCGGACUCCAGACUACCCGGGUUCUGGUCGACGGCGUUACGAGAGGGAAGAUGAUUAUGCACGGGAGCGUUCCCCAGCUCGACGUCGUGCCCUCUGAAUGUCUGUGUAGGGUCGCCCGCGUCAUUUCUCUCUACUACUGCUAUUGA